AUGCGAUUGGAGAGUGGUAUUGAAAAUUCAGAUGUCGACGAGUUAAAAUUAUUCUCAGAGUGGAUUCUUCAAGUUGGAGAAGCUCAAUGUGGUAUAAUAAUUAAUGAUAGACAUUUUGUUCGUAUUCCUUCAGAUCUAUCAAUUCCUAUUACUGAUGAUCCAAUUCAUGAUAUUGUUUCUGCAAUAUAUCCAAAUAUCUCAGAGAAUUCAGCUGAUUCUAGAUAUUUUCAAGAUAGAGCUAUUCUUGCUGCGACUAUUGAGAUUGUUGAGGAAGUCAAUGAUCAUAUUGUUAAUUUACUACCGGGGGAGGUGACAGAAUAUCUGAGCUCAGAUAGCAUAUGUGGCAGUGAUGCAAAUGUUGACAUUGACAUUGAUUGGAUCAAUGUUGAAUUUUUAAAUCAGAUCAGAUGCUCUGGAUUACCAAAUCAUUCUUUGAAGUUGAAAAAAGGUGUUCCUGUUAUUUUAUUGAGAAAUAUUGACCCUGCUGGUGGAUUAUGCAAUGGUACCAGACUUAUUGUUCACAGCCUUGGAAGAAAUGUUAUUACUGCAGAUAUUGUUUCUGGUAGUAAUGUUGGGGAUAGAGUGUUCAUUUCCCGAGUAAAUUUGAUUCCAAGUGAUUCUGGUUUACCUUUCAAAUUUCAACGUAGGCAGUUUCCAUUGGCAUUGUGCUUCGCAAUGACAAUUAACAAAAGUCAAGGUCAAACCUUAUCAACUGUGGGAUUAUUUUUAUGUCGUCCAGUUUUUUCACAUGGGCAACUUUAUGUGGCUAUAUCACGUGUGAGCCUUAGCGAUGCAUCAGGAGCAUGCAGCGGCAGCAAGGCAUGUGACUCGAUGACAGAUACGUUCCGUACUUGCAGAUGGCCGGUCUAUACCAUCUUGCAAGGCUGA